CUAUCUAGUAAUGAUGAUCGCUGCAACCUUCACCGCUUGUUUUGAAAUAGUUGCAGUCAAGGAUGGUUUCUGAAAGUGCUUCCACUUUCACUUCUCAAAAAGCGAAAGUUGAUGAGUUAAUGAAGGUAGACAUAACAAAAGGAGACUUAUGGUAUAUUCUAUCUCUUAACUGGUGGACAAAGUGGGAAGAAUUUGUGGACUCGGUUUCGAAAAGUGGGAUGGUGGAUGACACUUCGGAAGAAUAUCCUGGAAAAGUUGAUAAUAGUGAUAUUUUAAAUGGUGAAAAGUUAAAGGAAAACUUACUCUUGGAAAACGAUAUAACGUUAGUACCUAAGGAUGUGUGGAAGCUGUUUGUUGAUUUUUAUGGUUGUGUACACACAAAUACUUCAGUCUUUGAACGACGUGCUAUCCAGACUCCAAAGUCGGCAGAAAUAGAAAUAUAUCCACCUCAUUAUUCAUUUUACUUGAAUCCGUUAAAUUCAAGUCCGACGUUCUUGUUCGAAGGAGUAUAUUGUAAAUUCCAGACAAUACGAGAACUUAAACUGUUGGUUGCACAACACCUCAAAACUGCACCUAGUGUAACGAUUCACUUAUCAAUACACAAUGAACAAAAUGAAUUUGAAGAACUGGAGGAUGAAGACGCCACCAUAGAAGAAGCUAACUUGGAGCGUGAAAAAGUUAUUUUUGUUCAGCUGGAACCCAGAAAUGGAAUGCGCAAUGACAUUUACGUAGAUAGUUCACGUGUAAAGUCAAAUGACUCUAUAAGAUUUGGAUCUGAAUCACAGAUGAUAUCUUUACAUGAAUCGGGUCCACCUUUAGUACCAGGAGUUUGUGGUCUCAAUAACUUGGGAAAUACCUGUUUUAUGAAUAGUGCUCUUCAGUGUAUGUCCAAUGUUCCUGCAUUAACCAGUUAUUUCCUAAGUGGCAAGUGGAAGUCAGAACUAAAUAUACGUAAUCCUCUUGGGUCUCAAGGACGAAUCGCUACCGCUUAUGCAGAUCUCAUUAAGCAGCUUUGGUCAGGGACUCGAGCAUAUGCUGUGCCUCGUGAAUUUAAGAUUGAAAUAGCACGUAUUGCUCGUCAAUUUUCUGGAUAUGCUCAGCACGAUACUCAUGAACUACUUGUGUUCUUAUUGGAUGGACUUCAUGAGGAUUUAAAUAGGAUACACUCCAAGCCUUAUAUCGAAGUGAAAGAUUCCGAUGGUAGACCAGAUAUGGAAGUUGCAAAUGAAGCCUGGGAAUAUUACAAGUCACGAAAUGAUUCCAUCAUUGUAGAUCUUUUCCAUGGACAAUUGAAAUCUACUGUGAUUUGUCCUACUUGUCAACGAAAAUCGGUCACUUUUGAUCCAUUUGCUUCAUUAAUUCUACCUAUACAAGAAAUAUAUAAAUAUACGGUACGCGUAUAUGUCUGGCCGUGGAUAUCUAAUCAAUCCCAACUUCUCUUAUUGGAGUUAACACUUUCCACAAUACCUUGCGCUCAAAAUAUUAUUGAGGCAUUAGAACAGGAGCGUGCUCCUCUUCCAGGUUGUCAGUACUAUGUACCAAACAAAUCUGUAGAUCGUUCAAGGUAUGCAUCUCCAAUAGCUUACGAACUGACUGAAGGCUUCCCAAUACCUAUCUUGUGGACAAAUGAUAACAUUGGUCAUGGUGUAAACUUCCCUAUUUAUAUUAGUUUACCUAUAAAUGAUGGUGUUACAGGAAUGACCAUUACUGUCUCGGAAGAUAUACUUAUCAAACACAUUGUCGACCGUUUACAUGCUAUCGGUAUAAACAGUGGGACAACUGCAUCUUCAGUCAGUGAUACAUCAAAGUUAACGAACGAAAAUACCAAUAACUCAGUUGUUUCUUACUCUCUAAGCAACUUUCACAAUAAUUCUCAACCGGAUACAUCACAUACUAACUCCACCGAUCUUUUUGACCAGUCAAAACGAACUACUGAAAAUACAACAGGCAAUUUAGCGUCAUUACUCAAAGGGCGUGUAUGUUUGAAGGAUGCCAGAGGGCAUGAUUGGUUAGCUGAAUCAGAAAAUAGUUUAAUAUCUCUCCCUUGUUCUGACGCCUAUAAUAUCAUUUUGGACUGUCAAGGUUUAGAAAUACGACGUAGACUCAAUGACAUUCGAAGUCAUAUACAACAACAUCCUGUUACGAGACUCAAUCAAACCCUAAAACUGUCAGAUUGUUUCGAACGAUUUACUGAUGUAGAACAAUUAGGCUCAAGAGAUUUAUGGUAUUGUAAUCGUUGCAAAGCAGAAAAGCCAGCUACAAAAAAAUUUGAUUUAUGGAAACUCCCCGAUGUUCUAGUAGUACAGUUGAAACGUUUCCGAUCUCACUUACGAUUCCAUGAUAAAAUUGAUACCCUUCUGGAAUUCCCAUUAACUGGCUUGAAUUUGACUUCACAUGUACUUGAAAAGAAGCCAGAUGAAAAGUUUAUCUAUGACUUAGUAGCUGUGAGUAACCAUAUGGGAUAUUUGGGUGGAGGUCAUUAUACAGCGUUUGCUUUAAAUGCUCAGACUAAUCGGUGGUACUUUUUCGAUGAUUCUUCAACACGAGAAUGUGAUCCUUCCAAAAUUGUUACUAGCGCUGCAUAUGUUUUAGUUUAUGUACGUCGCAAAGUUGGUUGUGUACAAAUGCACAACAUGAUCAACAGUAAUGAUGAAGAACAAGAAGAUUGUACGUCUGAAACCGAUGAAAACGGUCUUUCAAAUGGGGCUUUAUCCUCGCAUUGUAUAACUAAAGAUUGUACACAAAAUGGUCGCACUGGUAAUCUAAGCUCAUCUUCCAAUCCUCAAGAUCAAGAUCUAAUGGAUAUUGAAUAACUACCGUCGCCUUUUCUUUUCUAGUUCCAUUUUCAACCUAACCUCGUCGUUUCAACUUUUGCAGUUACUCAUGAUUUCCUGAGUUUAUUUAUGAUUACCUUGUAUGUUAACCUGUUUAUUUUUUAUGAAUCAAGUGAAGUAAUGACAUUUAGACGUGUCUUCACCAGACGAUAUUAUACAUCCCCUCAUCCCACUCUACUUGUUCUUCACUUAAAAUAAAAUUCUCUAUCUCUGCAGUGACUCGAUUCAGUUUUCAUUCUGGUCACAAAAAUAACAGUUUUUUGUCUCAAUAGAUGUAUAUUCACAAUGCGGUAAAAUAAAUAUGAAUUCUCGUAUCCACUUCUCACUAUAACUGUUAAUUAUUAACAUCACGAUAAGCUACUUUGCUGUUAAAUUGUCAACACAUUAUUCAUAAAUUUAGAAAUUAUUAAAUCUUUACAUCUUCGGAGAGUCGAAUACGCUACACGUAACCAUCAUUCAACUUUUCAUAACCCUAACAUAAAUAAACACAAGAUAUUUACAAUAACCAUGUGUC